AUGGCAAUUUUCACUGAAAAUGUAUUACUCAUAAUGACACUAACAAAAAUAACGAUGUGCUGGAUUAACAGACAAUCAUUAAGACGCUUGCUAAUCGAAGUACAAGAUAAUUUCAUCGUCGACAAUUACAAUACGUUCGAGAAGAGAUUCAUUUUGAUGAAAUAUACCAAAUUGGCAAAAUAUUAUUUUUUUAUAGCAGUUCCAACGAUGACUAUUGCCGCUGCAUUUUAUUACAUCCAGGAGUUGAUACCUAAUGUCAAGAUGGCAAUGAGUAAUUCGUCAUUGAGUUACAAACUACCGUACAAAACACGAACCAUUAUGGAUAUACGCGACGUUAGGAUCUAUAUUUGUCUCUGCAUUUAUCAGUUUUUGGUACCACCGACUAUUGUACUAGGUUUUGUCGGAUUUGAUUGUUUGUUUACUAAUCUCGCAUUUCAUAUUACUGCACAAUUUGGAAUUCUCAGUUGCACUGUCGGAGAAGUUCUUGACGAUUCUAAUGGUUUUAAACGUAAUAUAAGGAAACUUGUAUUUCAACAUUACAAAUUGAUAAGGCAAGCAGAAACUUUGGAAGAUAAUUUUAAUGUAAUAAUACUGCAACAAUUAAUGGGAACGACGUUACAACUUUGUAUAUCUGGUUAUAAUACACUUUUGAGUUCGAACCUGAGCAAUGCAUUUUAUCGUUACGAGUGGUAUAACGUAUCACCGACCAAUUUAAAAAUGGUUAACAUUUGCAUGUUGCGAAUGAAGAAACCGCAGCAACUAACUUCGGGUAAAUUUUUCGUCCUAUCAUUGGCCUCCUUUACCGACUUUGCCAUACAAGAAAAUGAUCUUCAUACAAAUAUGGCCGAACGUGACCCUCAAAACGCUUCAAAAGAGUCUUACUUAUUUCAUAAACAUCAACAUUAA